CUGGACACACCAGCCGGGGCUGUGCGUCAGAAUGCGCCUACAACUUCUCCUCAUUAUAACUUUAUGUGUUAUUCACUGUGAUUGUCAAGGUACUGGUUGUGAGGCGGGUUCAUUCCACUGUGGGACAGGCCGUUGUAUUCCAUCAACCCAGAGAUGUGACGGCACAGCUCACUGCUCGGACAGCACAGAUGAAAUUGGUUGCCCCCAGCCCACCUGCGAGAGUGGCCAGUUCCAGUGUUUGAGUGACGGCGAGUGCAUUCCACAGCACUGGGUUUGCGAUGACGAGGAGGAUUGCGAGGAUAGUUCCGAUGAAAGGCAGCACUGCCGUGAGUACUCCUUAUCAGCAUCCGUCGGUCUCUCCCUCACUUUUUGUUUUCAGUUCAAUUAUGACUGUCCAUCAGAGCUCCAUUGA